AUGCUGGUUGCUGUACUCCUCGCGAUUCCGCUGCUUGUGCGCCAGACAUUCAGCACACCCACACCCAGCCCCGAGGCGCUGGAACAUGCUGCCAAGAUUCUGCAGGCACGCCAGGCGGCUCCACCUGGCGGCAAGCAGGAGGGUCGAUUUACGUUCUACCAGAUGCCCACACCUCUGAGUGGUAUCUGUGAUCUUUGCGAAGGCCCUGAUGGUGCACUUUGGGGAAUUGAACAACUCGUCAACAACCUGGUUCGUCUCGAUCCAGAGACUGGUGAGGUAGAGGAAUACCCCAUCCCGUUCUCAUUUGGCAUUGGCAAUGCGACAAUUCCAGGAUUGAAUGGCGCUGCAGGUGGCCUUAUCCAGGAUCGACUCGCACUAUCGUGUGCGAUUCGCUCUGGAGCUGAUGGGAAGAUUUAUGCAACCAAUGGUCUGCGAAAUCAGCUUGUCCAGAUGACCCUUGAGACACGGGAGAUUAAGCUAUUUCAAUCUCCGGUCAAUCCAACGGGGAAUCUGUUCCCAUUCAAUGACCUUUUCACAGAUAGUGACGGAAUGUGGAUGACGCAGACAACCGCAAACAUCCUGCAAUUCUUCGACUACGCCCAACAAGACUUCACAAUCACGGCAAAGAUCCCGACAUCCCUCGCACUCCCUCUCGGUGUCUUCGUCACAUCCGAUGGGAGCGUCUAUGGCUGCGAACUUCUCGGCAACAAGAUCUUCGAAUACAAGAAAGAUACCGGCGAGAUAGUCGAAUACGACAUGCCGCUACCUCUUCAAGCACCAGCUGUCAACCGCGUUGAACGGGAUGGUUAUAUGUAUUUCAGCGUCUUUAUUGGCAACGCACUAGGAAGAAUCAAUCUCGCAACCAAGGAGAUCGAAGUCUUCCCAAGUGGACAGCUAGUAUCUCUCGGAGGGGUUACCUCUGGUCCCUCUCAGGAUGGCGAUGUUUGGAUGAGCUUCUUUGCCACCACCAAUGCUCUGCUUCGCCUCAGCCCGGAAGAUGAGAUCAGUAUAGUCCGUUUCCCAAACUUGUUCAGUGAGGGUGGUCCUUUCGCUAUGGUUGGGGAGCUCCCGAUUGUUGGCAAUCUGCUUCAAGGUCUGCUUCCACCGUACCUCAGUAUUUCUGUCAAUGUCGGUCCUGGGAAUGCGGUUUGGUUCGGUUCAUUCUUGAGGAAUGCGGUUGGCAGAUAUCAGCUUUAA